UUUAGGGCAUGCUUCAACCCUUUUGUGUUACUGAAUCACUUCCUCUAUAUAAGGGGUUGUCCACAUCUGCUGAAAGCGCUGCUGAAACAACUCCUCUGAAAAUGAAGAUUGUUGGGUCUUGUUGAGGGAAUGAAAGAGUUCAGUGUUGACUGCUGAGCUGCUGAAAAUAAGAAGCAGUUGAAAAGUUGGAGAGAUCCAACCACAUUCACAGCUGAAAUGGCUUUGGUGAACUGUACUCCUGAGGCAAUAAAUGAAACUAACAUUAUCAUGCACUGCCAAACCCCCCAAAAUCAUGGAUCUUUGUUCUUGCAAUUUGUCAUGAUCAUUGAGAUGAUUGUGGGCCUGCCAGGAAACACAGUAGCCAUGUGGAUUUUCUGUUUCCGCAUGAAGUUCUGGAAACCCCAUGCUCUUUUCCUUUUUAACAUGGUUAUAGCUGACUUCCUGCUUAUCAUCAGCGUGCCCUUCCGCAUCGACACAAGCCUGCGAGGGGAUUACUGGGUGUUUGGACAGUACUGGUGCCGCAUCAACCUCUUCAUGCUGGCGGUCAAUCGCUCUGCCAGUAUUGCAUUCAUGACAGCUGUGACAGUGGAUCGCUACUUUAAAGUGGUCCAUCCACAUCACCGCAUCAGCCGUAUGACUUUAACUCAGGCGGGCUGGCUCGUAGGCCUGUUGUGGACUGUUGUAAUUGCCCUUCGGAUUCCGCUGUUGACCACCAAUCUCCUCUACCAGGAUGGCAACGUCUCCCUGUGUCGCAGCUUCAACUCCUAUAAGAGAACCCCUUCGGCGAUAAAGGUACACUAUGGGGUCUUCAUUACAGAGUUCUUCCUGCCGUGGUUCUUGUUGCUGUUCUGCUCAGCUCGUAUAGCCUGCUCCCUGCACCAACGGUGGAUAUACAGGCGGAAGAUGGUGUGGAAGGCCACCAGAGCGGUAGUAGUGAUCAGUUUGGUGUUCACUAUCUGCUUCAUGCCAGGUGUCAUCACAGGUCUGAGGGGGAUGUACAUCAAGCAGUUCUACCCGGACGACUGUGCAUCCUACAAUCUGAUCAUCAAGUUCUUUAUGAUGAGCAUUCCCUUCACCUACCUCAACAGCUCUUUGGACCCUGUCAUCUACUGUUUCUCCAGCUCCAUGUUUCAUGAUGCCCUCAAGAGCUCCAUCAGCCACCUGAGCUUUGUGAAGAAGAAUGUCAGGCCAGCCAAUAGCACAGCCAGUAACAGCUAAAGGCAAACACAACAUUUUAUAUUAUAAUAUACUGUAUAUCUAUGUAUAUAGGCCUAAACAUGUCGCUCUUACAAUAGUUGUAAGGAUACUCUUUGACAUAAUGCAUCCCCUCACUAAUACUGUAAUUGUCUAACCCCAACAGUAACCUAAACCUAAUUGCAAUCUUAAACUCAAGUCUUAGCCCUGAAAGAAGCCAUUUAAACUUGUAAGGUUCAGCAUUUUAGUCCCCACAGAGCUGUCGGCCCCCACAAGUGGGCUCCAGGUUUUCAGACGCCUGUGAGUGUGUGUAGUCAUUUGUUGGUAUUCACUGCAUCUAUUUCUUUGCACAGAAUGUCUACUUGUGUUUAAGCUUUAAAACUAUGGUGACUAUGCAAUUUCUU